AUGAAGCAGAGGCCGACCGGUACAGCGGGCGAAUCACCUGAAAACAAGGGCCCGACGCCCUCCGCCUGUGCACACGUUUUCGGGAGUUACAAGUUCCGGCAGGACUCCGACUUCUGGUACCUCACAGGCUUCGAAGAGCCAGGCGCUGCACUCAUCAUGGAGAAGGACAGCUCCGCGGGGAUACCGCAUGACACUGUUCCACUCGCCGUCUACACCAUCAAUGCACAGUGGGACGGCGCGCGCACGAGUGCACAGGACGUCGUGCGGUGUUUCGUCAUGGCCGAGACGGACACGUAUAUGUGGACUUCCUCCAGUGGCGGCCCAAACGUUCGCGGUCUGCCUCGGCAAGUCGUUGCUCAAGGUCUGUUGGCGUACCAGAAGGUCGAGUUUUCUGCUCAAGUAGCCCUGCAGUAUCUGUCGAGAUCGUCACAGGAGCAUGAUACCUGUCGAUCGCUCGGCGGACAGAGCGUCGUCACUCGACCGGAGGUCGACGGUGCGCGCGAUCAAGAGCGAGGCAGAGAGCCCGAACGCGCUGACAUACACUACACGUCAACACAGCUCAUCCGCGAGAACGAGCUUGUCUCGUCGAUGCGGGCUGUGAUACAAGUACGCCACUUGCAAAUGUCCAUCUCCCCGACUGACAUCUCCUACAAGCGGGUACGCCUCAGACAUCACGCGCACUUCCCCGCCUCAGGCGCGUUCACCUCCGCGCAAGCCGACCUCUACAACGCGCUCCUCUCCGCACAAAAGCAGCUCGUCGCUCUGCACCGCGCGCGCGGGGCUGUCGCUCACAGCUCACCACAAGUCCGUCGAGUUCCUGCGUGCAGAGCUCACGCAGAUCGGGUUCGACUCGGCUUCACGGGCGGGCGGUUGAAUGAACUGUACCCGCAUUCGUGGGCCAUCCGUGGGGAUUGUCAAGCCAUUUUGACCGACAGGCGCCGAUGCAGCUGCAUGGUCAUCACGUGGAGCCGGAUUUACGUGCCGCCAUGCCACACUUCCAAAACAUUCCAUAACAUCGGCAUCCGAAUAGAGGACGAGGUGCUGGUCGGUGAGGAGCACCCAGUAGUCCUCAGCGCGAGUGCGCCCAAGGAGAUCGCCGACGUGGAGGGAGCGUGUCAAGGACUACUGGGACUCGAGCCGUUCUGA